UUUUAAUUGCUUCCAAUGAGGUCAGCAAAGGUAUUUAUCGAAAAGCCCUGAAUAAAAGGCUCCACACACACACACACAAGCUCACACGCGCUCACAUACACAGAGAAAAUCCUCUUGCCUGUUGAUUUAUGGAAACAAUUAUGAUUCUGCUGGAGAAUUUCUCAGCUGAGAAAUAGUUUGUAGCUACAGUAGAGAGGCUCAAGUUGCACAGGGCAGACAACAGACAUGGAAUUCUUGUGUAUCCAGCUGUUAUCAACAGAACAAAAGUCAAGUAGCAAACAGCAACGCAGCAACUGAGCUUAUUACAACCUGUUUUUAUAAGGAUAUACUGACAGAGAGUUAUUUAAGGAGGAAUUCUAUAUUGUUAUCAGGAACUAAAAGGAUAAGGCUAACCACUGGGAGAGUGCAACUAUUCUUUCUUAAAUCAAUCUACAGUUCACAGAUAGGACGAGGUCAAUGACCUAGGAACAACAAUCAACUCAAGAUUUAAUUUUCAUUAUGUUAUUCAUGAACACCCGGGGCACUAUACUAUAAUGCACAAAUGGAUACUGACAUGGAUCCUGCCAAGUUUGCUCUACAGAUCAUGCUUCCACAUUAUCUGUCUAGUGGGCACUAUAUCUUUAGCUUGCAAUGACAUGACUCCAGAGCAAAUGGCUACAAAUGUGAACUGUUCCAGCCCUGAGCGACAUACAAGAAGUUAUGAUUACAUGGAAGGAGGGGAUAUAAGAGUGAGAAGACUCUUCUGUCGAACACAGUGGUAUCUGAGGAUUGAUAAACGAGGCAAAGUCAAAGGGACCCAAGAGAUGAAGAAUAAUUACAACAUCAUGGAAAUCAGGACAGUGGCCGUUGGAAUUGUAGCAAUCAAAGGAGUGGAAAGUGAAUAUUAUCUUGCAAUGAACAAGGAAGGAAAACUCUAUGCAAAGAAAGAAUGCAAUGAAGACUGUAACUUCAAAGAAUUAAUUCUGGAAAACCACUACAACACAUAUGCAUCAGCUAAAUGGACACACAGUGGAGGAGAAAUGUUUGUUGCCUUAAAUCAAAAGGGGGUUCCUGUAAGAGGGAAAAAAACGAAGAAAGAACAAAAAACAGCCCACUUUCUUCCUAUGGCAAUAACCUAAUCAUAUAUGGCAUAUAAGAAACCAGUUCCAGCAGGGAGAUUUCUUUAAGUGGACUGUUUUCUUCCUUUUUUCUUUUCUUUUUUUUUUUUUUUUUAAGUAACCAAGAAA